AUGACCACCUCGUCAAAUUUCUCAUUCUUGGACGAUGUUAUAGGCUUCAUAUUGGCUGAUGCGGGAUACGACGUUUGGCUCGGGAACGUGAGGGGGAACACGUACGGUCGACAUCAUGUCAGCUUGUCCCCCGACGACGACCAAUUCUGGUCCUUCAGCUUCGACGAGAUGGGAGAGUUCGACCUGCCGGCGAUGCUAGACAAGAUGGCGGAGACGACGGGUCACGACAAAUUCCACCAUGUGGGUCACGGCAUGGGGACGACUCUCUUCUGGGUCAUGAGCGACUCGAGGCCCGAAUACCGCCAUCAUUUUCUGUCCACACACGCCAUGGCCCCCCUGGCCAGGGUCGAUCAUAUGUCUUCUCCUCUUCUAGUCGUAGUCCCCUUCGUCGAUCAACUCCAGUGGUUGCUGGAUAUGCUCGGCCUGCACGAAUUCCUACCGAGCCCUGCAUUCUUGGAACUUUUGGCUGCAUAUGUCUGCGGCGAGGACUGGGAACUUCAGGACACCUGCAAUCUCAUGUUCAUGUUAUUCGGCUUCGACGGAGAUCAACUGGACGACGUAAGCACGAAUACUUCAUUCCGCAUUGAAAACCAAAUGGGAGGUCCGAGCGGGAGCAAGGGAAUCAACUUGAUCUGGAGACACCUCGUCCCUGCUUCCUCUGGCACGACAGAGCUUGAAGGGAUGAGGAGGACUCGUUCGGACCAGAAAGGAGGCGGAGUCGUCCUGUCUCUUUGGACCUCCUUCUCUUCGUCUUCUGAUUCUGUUUCUUUGCUUUUCGAUCCCAUUGGGGAGAACCCUGAGAUGUAUGUCGUAAAGCUGACCCCGAGAGAGGGGAACUUGGAACACUACGGCCAGGAAGAACCGCCCGAGUAUGACCUUUCCAAUGUCAUCACGCCCGCUUUCCUCUAUUGGGGCGAGGACGACUGCUUCGCCGAUUCCGAGGACGUUGCAUGGUUAGCGGAUCAACUACCGUGCCUGAUCGAUAGUUACCGAGUGUCUUUCGAUGCCUGGGGUCAUCUGGACUUCCUGUUUGGGAUCGAUGUCAAGACACUUGUCUAUGACAGGUUGCUCGAAAUGAUGACGAUGUUUGAGCCAUGA